CAGAUUGUUUGGUAUUAGUUAUGGUGGAUUGGAGACUGGUUGUCGGGUCUCGGGAGCUGGCGUUGCAUUGCAUGAGCCUAAAUGGGGCCCAGCAGAGAGACUCGCUGACUGUGUUCUCUCUAUUCUCUUCUUCUCGUACCCCUCAGUGGCAGUCAAGUCUAAUUCGUCCUUAGGCAGGAGGGGAGUGACGUGCAAAGGCAAAAACAAACCAGAAGCAAGACGACUCAACAGACACAUGAUGCGAUUUCACGGGGAGUCGGGCCCCAGCAUGGAACGACGGCCGCUGGUGGGUUGGGGUUAAAACAACCGAAUUGAUCUAGACACUCUCAUCUCGUUUCUAGUGUCUUUCUUAGCUCUUGAACCAAAGGUGCCGUUUCCGACUGCAUGGAUAUCAUUUGAUGCUGAGUACUGUUCGUAUUUUUCACGUGAGAGAUCUAUGCCUCACAAACCUGAACUCUCAAACUCUCCAGAUCUCGUCACGCCAGAAAACCUGCAGAAAAGACCCUUCCCAACGUGUCGUCACAGUGGAGGAACCAAGAGAAAGGCCCUUAAAUUAGGACGUUCUAGUAGGCCCCUCUUCCUCACCGCGGCUCUGUCAACUUUGCCAUUUCGCCCCUGAAAUGCGUUGGAUUACAUUAAGUCGUCUCUGAUUGGUUCAGCUAAUACGGAGAAAUUCCUCUUCGUUUCUUGGCACCGCUGGUCGGAUUUUUGCGCAGGGGAUCGCCGUCCUGGUGCCCUGACCGACUCAGAUCCAAUCCACGCUAGGCCGAGAUCGGGCCCUCUUUUUUGUUCUCUCCAUUCGAUUCUUAUCAGCCGAGGCUUGAACUCGCUUUCUCGUUUUUAUCUUAUCUUAUCUCGCUCAAACGCAGGGCUAGUUAUCGAUCAGCUGGCUAGCUUUAUUCUAAGAACGAUCAGCAUUAGUAGUUUGGUUGUCUCGUCGCGUCGCAUCGCGUCACUCGACAUCAAUUCCGUACCUUUAUCUACUUCUAUGCAAUAUCGCGAACGCCUCAGUCGUUCCCUUUCGUCAUGGCGUCCGAGCUCGGGAGCUCUCCCAAGAGAGAGCCAACACCCACUCUUCCUUUGUCCUCGGUUCCUCAAAAGCGCUCCCUUGAAGAAGGCCGUCACAGUCCUGUCGUUCCCUCGCCACUGAACCCCGAAGUCAGGCCUUCCGACUCUUUGGCACCCGAAGAUGCUGCUCAAAAUUCUAGAUCUAAGUCUGCGCGAGCAAAGAAGGAUACUCUGAAGAAACGCGAGGCCAAAGGAAGCGAUAGUGUUCGUGCGACACCUGAUCCAAAACCAAAGUCAAAGCCACAGAAGAAACAGAGCGAGUCGAGCCCAUUACGAUACAACUUGGGGCAGCCUAAACUGUCCAACUUCAACCCUCCUCGAGGUCCUGUCAUGACGGCACAUCAUGAGGUCACGGCCCCUAAUGGCCAAACGGUCGAAUUCUUUGACACAUCGGAUCAUGUCUCUAAUAAGAAGAGCUUCCGGUAUACUCCCUGCAUCGCCGAUCCUCUCUUCCCGUCCAUGAUCUACUACCGAAGCACAGAACCAGAGCCAUAUGGCCCCCACUUGAGCUUCGAGGACUCAGCAGGGCAUGUUUAUUUUGAUAAGUCGGCUCGUCACGUCACAACCGACAAAGGAUUUCGCAUGGCAAGGGCGAACGUGGCUGUGAGGGAGGGCAGAUGGUACUGGGAGUGCAAAAUCACACAAGGAGUUCGACCACCAAAAGAUGAAGAGUCCAAGCCAGAAGGAGGCAAGCAUGUACGCGUGGGCUGGGCAAGACGAGAGGCAUCGCUUGAUGCGCCUGUGGGGUUCGAUGCUUACAGUUAUGGCCUCCGUGACGUCGCGGGAGAAAAGGUACAUAUGUCCCGUCCUAAGGAAUUCUUUCCUGCCGGGCAAGGCAUUCGAGAGGGGGAUAUCAUCGGCCUCGAGAUUCAGCUUCCAUCAGAACAUCUGCACCGCAAGAUCAUGUCUGGACAGUAUAAUCCAGUUGUUGAUCAAACCGACGAAGAACCUGCGCCCACCGCUGAAGGCCACAAUAUUGUCCGCGAUCGCUAUCCCAUACGCUUCAAAUCUCAUACUUAUUUCGAGAAGAGCGAGUACUCCCCCACCAAAGAAUUGGAAGAUCUUAUGAACCCGACAGGGGCUGGCGGUGGCUCUUCAGAAGAACCUGGUCCUAAUCACCCCCUUCCAAGUCUCCGCACGCUUCCCAAUUCUUGCAUCCGCGUAUACAGGAAUGGUGUUUUAAUGGGAACUCCGUUCGAGAACCUCCUUGGCUUCCUUCCACCAGCUUCGCGUCCUCAAGGCCAAGUUGGCGGUCGCGAAGGCCUUGACGACGGCAUGCUCGGAUAUUACCCUGCCGUAAGUGUCUUCCAUGGAGGCGCUGUGGAGGUCAAUUUCGGCCCCGACUUUUGGUAUCCUCCUCCAGCCGAGACCGAAGGUGCACCCGAUAAGGUCUGGUCAGGUAACGCUCGCUUGAACAGGGUGCACCCUGUGAGCGAGCGUUAUUCUGACCAAAUUGCAGAGGAUAUUGUCUGGGACAUCAUUGAUGAGGUGGACUUUUGGUCCAAAGAUGGGGGUGGGGCGACAGAUCGCCAAGGUGUGAGCGACAAGAGUGAAGCUGUCGCCAUGGCCCCUGGGCGAGAAGAGAUCAAAGAAGUGGUUCAAGACGAUUGAAGCAUCGCAAUACAUGCUGUCUCUUUCUAUCCAAAUGAUGCCGGAUAGCUGAACUACGAAAGCCUCUAGAGGAGAUGUUCCUUUCAACCUACAAAAGAUACCCACUGUGAAGAGGCAGAAAUCAAGUUUAUUAUUCAUACCAUGUCCAUCAAUAGUAAAGGCUGGUAUCGCACUGCCCCGAGGCUCCAUUCUCAUUUCGUCAUAAACCAUGUCGUAAAUACUGCUCGUUACCAUAUAUCAACCUGCUUACGAACGGAAGUCCUGUCCAGGCACUGUCUCAGCGACGACGAACCGGUUCCUCUGGCGAGACUGGCUCGACUACAGCAGGAAUCGGGGAUGGCUCAGACAAAGGGGAAACAGGGUCUCCAAGUAUUGCCCUGUCGGCACUGCGACUCGCCGCCGCUGCCUCUGGCCCGGGAAGAAGAGGGUCAUCUGGAAGCUCUUCAAUACGAUCGCUGCCAUCAACAGGUGUCUCAGCUAGAGAUUUCUCUCGCUCCAGUCGCACCUCACGACCUCUCUUGUGGCAAUACCAAAGUACAAACAUCAAUACUAUUAAGGGUUAGCAAAUGUAUGAAUAGUUUGGGUAGCAAUACUUACAGAAUAAAGCAACGCUCCAUAUAACAUUUGUACCAAUAAAUGCAGGCCAUCGCACCUUCAAUGCGUUGACGAUAGCCUUGAGCAUACCAACGACAGCCCCUGGCUUCGUGACCAGAUCGGUUAAAUUGGAUGGCUUGAGGAGGUCGAUAGCGGCAUCCUUAACGCCCUUCUCCGUAUUUGCCUUCAGACCCUGACUUUCUGCUGCCGCUGCCAGAAGCUCAGGCGCCAGGGAGGACGUCAGCUUAUCUGGAAGCUGGGUAACAAGCUUCUUGAGAGAUGAAGGCAGUUUUUCGAAACCGCGAUUGAUGGCACCAUCGCGGUCUUCAACUAGGCUUGCGAGAUCACCGUAUGCUGUCGGCACGCCAUUGGCGAGAUCCUUGAAUACUUGGGUGAAACGGGACAGGAGCUCGGAUGACUCGUUGGAGAGAGAAACGAUCUUGUUGUUCUUUGCUUGGAGGUUCAGGCGGUCGAGAACGUUACCAAGGUCCUGCUCCUCACGUUCGGCUUCCGGUGGCGCGACGUUAUCUUCUGGCUUAAGACCAUCCUGUGGUUUCUUAUGUCUCGUGAACAAAGCCGUUAGACGGUUUGGCUGUUUGUCGUGCUUCUCUUUCUCUUUCUCUUUCUUUUCCUUCUUCUUGUCCUUUUUACUCUUGGGUUCUUGUAGAGCCUUUACCGCCUCUAUCUCACUCUCAGAUGCAGACGAGAGGUCGAUCUGAGGGGUAUUGAUGCGUGGCGGCAGAGGCGGAGCUGGACCAUCGUCUUCCAGGAUACUUUGCAGCCAUGCCUCAUCAUUGCGGUCGAGGACGGGGCUCAGAGGAGGAGUAUUGGAGCUGAGGCUGUGCUGCGUGCUUCGCCGCCUGUGUUGAUGACCUGAUGCACGAGAUGCAUCGUUGCUGAAAUCCGGUACAUGUCCGUAGGAUGGGUCUGCCGAAGAUCCAGCUUCGGUCUUCUUCGCAGUCUCCUCAGCAGCCGCCGCUUUCUCCGCUCUGUUCUUCUUGAUCUUUUUGUAUGUCAAGUAUUCCAACAUUUUGGAGUUUUGUUAUAUGUAAGGGGGCGCCUUGUUCGGAGAUGCGGCAAAUGGGGAUUUAGCUAUUUAACUACCUUAGUCUGGAACAAGAGGCCGCCCAGCUUAAAGGAAAAUGAGGGAUGGCGAUUUAGGUGUUGGCGCGCGCUUGGAAAUUCGCCUUUAUCUUGUCUUGGGUGACGAACGAUCUACGUGAAUCGAGAGCGCACAGCCA